AUGGCGUCACUCGCAGCGACCAUGGGUAUGGGCAUGACCGUAACUUCACACUUCUCAUCCUCUUCUCGUCUUCUCGCUUUUCAACCUAACCUACUCCCAAACAAACGCCCAACCAAAUCUUUUUCAAUUUCAAACAAUCGUAAAACCACCGUAACCGCCUGCACCGUAACUGCCGCACCACCGGCACCGCAAUCUCCGAUCAACGAAGACACCAUUAAUCUCUCUGGUUCUACUCGAACAGUGACGACGCUAUUCGGAAUUGCGGCUUUAUGCAUCAAAGCUUUUGUUAAAAUUCUUCCACCGCCGGAGCUUUGUUUAUCGAUUGGAACUUCGUCGUCGUCGCUGUUCUUUGCUGCUUUAGUGAGGAAGAGUAGUCAGGGUUCUUCGCUGAACACGCCGUUGACGGUUGUAGCGUCGGGAUUGAAGAAAUGGUUGGAUAUUUACAGUGGUGUUUUGUUAGUUAGGGUUUUGUUGAGUUGGUUCCCAAAUAUUCCGUGGGAAAAACAGCCACUUUCUGCAAUUAGGGAUCUUUGUGAUCCUUAUCUUAGUUUGUUCAGGAAUGUUAUUCCCCCUGUUUUUGAUACUCUUGAUAUUAGUCCUCUUCUUGCUUUUGCGGUUUUGGGUACUCUCGCUAGUAUCCUCACUGUUCCUGUUUAG